AUGGAGGAGGAAACUGUAAAUCAUCUCACAAAUUCACAAUCAACAGCCAAAACGAUGACGGACCGUGGUGUGAUGAUUCCGGGCUAUUGCACAUUCCCAAGACCACCGGCAGCCGCCGCUAGGCUUUCGUCGCUGGCAGAGCAUACCGAGCGCCAGCAAGUGCUGGAUCGGGAUGCAAACAAUAGUGGCCACUUCUACACACUACGACCGGCAAAGAUGGGCGGUGUUGGUGGGCGUUUAAAUUCAAUGGUGGGCAGUUUUCGGAAGGUAGUACCACCAGCCACAGAAGAUCUUGCCGAAUCGAACCGUAACCUGCUGUACGAGCAGAACAUGAGCACGUUCGAGAAUUUCUGCGAAAGGCGUAAUAGUCAGCAGCGGUUGCAACCGCACGAAGCCGGCAAGGAGGAGGAGGAAGAGUCGGCUGAACUUGGUCCGGACAGUUUGGGCAAUUUCUGCACACUGCGUAAGGUGCGCCGAGCGCGCAGUGGAAGUGACGCCGUGUCCGACGCAAAUCGACGCCCGCUGGGUGGUGCGUACUGUACGUUGAAGAAGAAAAAGCUGCAAUUAAAUCGGAAGUUUGUGGAAAGUUUCUUGGAAGAUCCGAACGCGAAGGUGGUGGACUAUCUGUCCGAGUUGGACGCGUACCUGGACGAGAUGGAUGAUGAGCUGUGCGGUGCAGUGGAUGAUAGCAGUGAAGGUGAGAGUGAAGUUAAUAGUGCGAGUGAAGAUCACGGUUCGGGGCAGAAUCUGCCAGCUCUAGAUGGCAAGUGUCAGGGUGCUAAAGAGGUGGAACAAGUUGGCGAAAGUUUACAGUAUUACCAAACCAAUGUGCGGAGUGACGCUGGUGAAGCGUGUGGUGCGACGGUGAACGAUGUGUAUCAGGAGGAUCGUAUCAAGUUCGGUGACAUCAAGCAUUUCUGUACACUUCCCAAACAGAAACGUGCCCAAUUUCUGGAUGCGUUUAAGCGUGGUGCGUCGAUGCGUAGGUCGGUCGUAAGUCAACCAAAAGCGACCGACGAAUGUGAGCAGCAAAAACAACACGAACCAGCAAACAUUCCGGAUGAGAAGAUCGAGUGUGCAAAGUCGUCAGAAAGCGGGGACAAUACUAAUGGCCAAGCUUCGACCGCCACACUUCACCGCUACGGUCAAUCAUGGGGCAAUGACGCUCCACAUCAUCAUCCCAGCUGGCAUCGGAAUUCGAUGCGCAAGAAGCUCCUGAUAGAACUGCCCGAACAGGAGAUCUUCGAAUUUCCGGUGUCCUCAAAUGUAGUUUCCGAAGCUUCUACUAGUGCUGGGAGCAAUGAAUCUCUACAGGGAACCAACGACUUAAGCUCCAUCACCACAUUGCCGAUGGAUGAGGUGUCAACGGUGACGGAAACGCUUGGUGUAAUUCCUUCCUUGGUUGCUGGGUUACCUCCCUCUCCGGUGCCGCCGUUUGUCGAACACCGAGAACAGCUUGUGGCAUCGGCUCCUCCCGCCCCCGACUCCUCUUCACCUUCACCACAACUGCUCGAAACUGAUCUGGAUGUGAUUGUACAGGAGCGUCCAAGACAAGCAGGACGGCGGGCCCAGUCACAGCCACGGAUCGGAUCUAUAACGGUUGUACGGGAUGCUACGACGAACGAGCUCAUCAUCCAUACGAACAGUGUGCCAGGAUCUCCGACGGCACCUCCACUAGAAGACCUAAGGCCAUCGUACCAGGCAAAUCAACAACAUGGCCAUUAUACGGGCGAAUCGGAAGGCAGUUCAAUUGGCAGCUCACGGAAUCCGAGCCCUGUUUCGCUGCUAUCUACGACAACCACAUGCAGUUCGAUAGCAUCGGGCACUGAUAACGCUAACGAGAGGACACACCAAAGUGUAUCGGAGUCACCGCACGAUGGAUCCCCGGAAUUAGGUUCCUCCCCAUUUACGGAAGGUUCUACCAUUGUUAACUCCAUCGCUGCCGUCCGUUCGGCAGCCCCCGACCGACGACUGCGUGACUCCUCCGAUCUGCACAGUCGCAGCACAAACACCUCCUUCACGCAAGCUACGCAGGUCGAAGAACGUUCGAACACAUCGGAAGACCGUACUCCUGCUGCCACCACCGGUGAAGAUGAAUCGGACGUGGAAGCGGUCGCUCCGCAACGUGGCAGUAGCCGCCGAAGCGAUGGCCGUCCGAAAGCACGUUGGCCACACGCAAUUUCCCGCUCGCUAGCGACCACCUUUUGCACGCUAGGGCUAUUCAACAUUUCACGCUUUGCCGUGUUUAGCGUCCAUUUCGGAGCUAACUUUGUGGUACAAUUUUUGAUCUUUUCGCUCCUGUUCGGUAUACCGAUGCUGUGGCUACAGAUGGUCCUAGGUGCGCGAAUUCGCGGCGGUCCCGUCACGAUGUGGCGCAUCAGUCCGAUAUGUAAAGGCAUCGGAAUAGCGUUGCUGCUCGCCCAAGCACUCGUCACCCUUUACUCGGCAAUCUCGCUUGCCUGGGUGCUGGUGUACUUCCGGGACGCGUUUAUCAUGCGCAACGAGAAGUACCGCUGGCAGGAACCGUUCGAGCUGUAUCGUGGCGUCGGACAGGACAAUCAAUUGUACCGACUGCCGGACACGGUAGCGGAUUACUUUAACGGGGUUGUUUUGCAACGCUACUAUCUCGCACACCAGGCUGCCUCGGUUCCGAUUAGCUACGGUGCACGCAAUCUACCACCAGCUCCUGCCCCGUCACGUACCAACGGAAUCGGAGCAAUACGUUUCCAGCUUGCGUUCAAUAUGGCCAUCCUCUGGACAUUGGUGUUUGUGGCACUCUGUCGUGGCAUACGCUCACUGGGGAAAAUCGUAAUCGGAGUGUUUCUCGGUGCAUUCGUUGGACUCGCUGCAGUUUGUGGAAAAUUCCUGACGUUCAUCAACUAUGACAGCGUGCAGAACAUUUUCCCGGCGACCGAUUGGCAGGACUUCUUUCUCAAUUCGCGCAGUUGGACGAGUGCGGCCCAGGAAACGUUCCUAACGUGGGGUCUGCUGGGUGUGUCUGUGUACGCGAUCAACUGUCGGAGCAACCGGAAGGGUAGCUGUAACUUGCGGACACGUCGUGAGCUGCGCCGUGACGCUUUUCUUGUCGCGCUCAUUACUCUUGUGGUGCUGAUACUGGCUGCCAUCUUGGGUAGCUCUUGUGUGCAGAUACUGAACAGCCGUGGGUAUUACUACUUCCCGGGAUCAUACGAAAAUCUAGGCACAAACGUAUUCCUGCGGCCAGCAAAUCAGCCGCUCCCACCCCAACACGCAACCAUGCCCAACCGUUGGCUCAUCCGCUACUCGACCGUUACCGGGGAAAGCUUCAAACGCUCGUAUGCUGACCCGAGUCGCGAAUCCGGCUAUCAGGCUUUGCGCCUUGUUACCGAACUGUUCCCGGCAGCACUAGCCGCCGCUACCCCGGAACACAUUGCACCGGUCUGGGGACUGGUCGGCUACAUGGCGCUAGUACUGUUCGGAUUGGGACAGCUGUGCGUGAUGUGGAAACCAAUCGCGGGAGCUAUCGGUGAUGCCCCAUCCUCUAUUCUGCUGAGCUGCGUAACGGGACUACUGCUUGGGAUGCCAUUGGCUACCGAAGGUGGCAUUAACAUUGUGCACUAUCUCGACACUAUCCUCGGUGCAGCGUGGUGGGUUCUGUUGCUCUGGAUCGGUCACAUUCUUGCACUGUUCCUAGUGCGUGGUCGACCUUUCACAAGUGACAUUCUAGUCAACGAUCUGCAGAUACUGCAAUCAUUUUCCGCGUUUGUAGCAUUCGCUUGGAACUUCCUGCUGCCGAUUGGGCUCAUCUUCAUGUGCAUCGUUCAGUACCGGCUAUCAAACAGUGCCGCCCUCUUCAACUGGUCUUCGACGACAUCUGCAACGACGGGAGCUGCGGGAGCAAACAACUAUUGGCCACUGUGGGCUCGUCAGGUUGGGGGCUUUGUGCAGGUUAGCUUUCUGCUGCUAGUUCCGGUUGUAAUGGUGAUACAGAUCUAUCGCUAUCUUUGCCGUGGUCCACCUGACAUACUUGACCGAGUUGAUCUAUUGCUAAGACCACCGAUAGAUGGCGACACUAGCAAUUCCAUCCGAACGAUACAUUCUCGCCGUGCCCCAGUUUCGCUGCCAGUGCAACGAAGUGCCGCUUCCGGUUCGGGUCGUGACGGUUCUGAACCGACCAUCACACUAUCGAUGGAUUCACGCUCGGUGCGUGAUGCGGACGAUGCUCCUCCAAAAUAUACCCCACCACCCUCGUACACUACCGCGACCGGUGCCCGCAUUGCUAAGCUGUUGCGCAACAGCAUUCGGCGGAGUGUGCGUCGUCUGAUGGGAGAAUCGAGUGGAGGUGCUGCACCAACGAUUCGACAACGUGCCGCACUCCCACAGGCUGCUGCGGCAAACAUGCAGGCGGCGAAUCCUUCCACUGGCGAUGAAUUACCACCGCCAGAUUACUGUUCCGCGCUGCAACAGUUCGGUGGUGCUACGCCCUACCUUAGCACAGCGGGAGGACUUGAGCUAAACCACCAAAAUCCAACAGUAGCGCCACGCAUCCUCUACAACUCAUCCACACUCGGCAGCGGUCGAAGAUAUCGCUCACUGAACGCAACGGGAGAUUCGAUGCAGCAGCAAACGACAUCACAAAAUCAGCCAAACUUUACCGCUUCCGAUGUGAGGCAGAUACUGCGACCGGGCAACAAUCCACCGGCCUGCUUCACGCAGACACUACGCAACACGCUGCUGCGACGCGGACACUCGAUGGAAAAUCUCGUCCUAGCCGCAGCUCCACUCGGAGACUCGAGCAUCAUCACACUGAACGGGGACGAGGACGAUGACAACGAUGAAGUAUGCCAGGAUAGCAAUCGAAUCCCCAGAAAUGGGCGCGAUUCGGUGAUAUAG